CUUAACCGUUACUUGAUUUUCUUCUCUUCCCAUUCUCCCUGUAGACUUUUUCAGAUUCAGUACAGUGCAAAAGCCAAGGACAAAAGAUUGGAUAUUGCUUCAUAAAUCAAUGGAAGCAACUGUCAUCCCAGGCACAACCACAAUCUGUGAUGAUCUAAAUCAAGAAUGUCCCAAGCUGCUGUCUCCUACAGAAUAAUUUGUUUAUCUCUUCUUUCAAUGCUUUGCAGCUGUGGAUCUUGUGGAUACCCUCUGAAUCUAACAUCUUCUACACGUGCAAUUUCUGGCAUAGGACCCGAAUACAAAAAAUCCAUUGCAAAAGGUUUUAUCUCAUUCAUCUCCAUUGACCUCAGUCGAUUUACUCGAGUUGAUGAAGUAACGUGCCUUCCAAUAUCUUUGGGCUGUUACCCUUCAAAAACAAAACUUCUUUGUCGUAAAUGUGGUGUGCUUAUAGGUCACAUACAAGGAGAUUCACACACUCCAUGCAUUUUUGACUCAAUGACCUCCUCUAGCUCAUGCAAAAACAUUAUGAUAAGGAUUCAAGCUUUGCAACCUUCAGAAGAGUGCUAGUGCUUUCAAAUGGAGAAUUGUUACGAAGAUUGUCUGACCUCUAUUAUGCAACUUCCUGAUGAUUGCUUGUAUUUUAUUUUUCACUGGCUUGACUCUGCCUCUGAUCGGGAAUCUUUUGGAUUAACUUGUCAUCGAUGGCUUCAGAUUCAAAACUCAAGUCGUCGAAGAUUACAGUUCCAAUGCUCAUUCACUAAACUUGAUAUUCCCUCCUUAUCUCAAAGUAGCAUGAAAAUUGAUGCCUUUUAUCUACAUAGGUUGCUUAACCGCUUCCAGAAGCUGCACUAUUUGUCUCUAUCUGGUUGCAUUGAGAUGCCUGAUUUUGGUUUGAGACAGUUGCUAAAUUAUGGGUCCCAGCUUCAGACUCUUCAUUUACACUGUUGUUUUGGAAUAACUGAUCAUGGAAUUUCCUUAGUUGCCUCUGGAUGUCCUUCGUUGACAACUAUUAGUCUUUAUCGCUGCAAUGUUACUGAUAUUGGGUUAAAGACCUUAUCUGAAUCUUGCUUGGCCUUAAAAGAUGUGGAUCUGUCAUAUUGUUCACUUAUAUCUGACCAGGGUAUAAGAGCCCUUGCCAAGAAUUGCCGUCACCUUCGUGCUGUCUGUAUGACUAACUGUAGAAGUGUCACUGGUGUUGGCUUUAUGGGCUGUUCACAGAGUUUGACUUUUCUAGAGGCCAAUGGUUGUAAGCUAGAGCCAGGAGGAAUCAUGGCUAUUGUGAGUGGCGGUGGACUUGAAUAUUUGAAUCUUUCAUGCCUGUGGUGGUGCAUUGGUAGAGAUGGUUUGACAGCAAUUGGUGCUGGAUUUGCAACUAAGCUGAAGGUACUUGAUUUUCGAUCUUGCAGAACUAUUGGCGACAAUUCUAUCAUUGCAAUUGCAAAGGGAUGCCCUUUGCUCCAAGAAUGGAACCUGGCAUUAUGUCAUGAGAUCACGAGAGCUGGUUGGGAAGCAAUUGGUGUAAAUUGUCAUCACUUGGAGAAGCUUCAUGUCAAUCGUUGUCGCAAUUUAUGUGAUGAAGGAUUGCAGGCCUUGAGGUAUGGCUGCAAAAAACUCUCUGUUCUUUAUAUGAGUAUCAGUAAAUCCUGCAAUAUCAGUUCCACAGCGCUGGAGAUUUUCAGAUGUUCAAGAGGUGAUGUCAAAAUCCUAGAAGAAGAAGUAAUGUCUAUUGCUCCUGACUCUGCCUUCCAUGUAUAUUAAGCGCAGAUGAACCCUUUGAUUUGGUGAAUUCGAAAAGACACAUUGUAAAAUUGAAGUGUUUAGAAGCACAAGUGUUUUGUAAAAUUUAUACAAAACCUUUGGUAGCUUGCAUGUCA